CACAGAUUUACACAUUAGCAAAUUGAACGCAUACAGAUAUAGAUACAUUUAACUCUUUACAAGCCAACCCAAGACCUCGUGGCUCAGCAGACACAGAAUGUCAUCAGGGACGUAUACACCUCGGACUGACGGUGUUGCCACUAUCGACCAUCAGGAGGUCCACGUGGACCUGACGAGACGAGGUCCAGUUCCAAAUGACUCGAAACCAGACCCCAACGUACAGUACAGCUCCUCCUCGAACCAAGUGGUAGUGAGCCAGACGACAGUGCCAAUCGUUGCCCAGCAACCAGACCCGAAACGAAAGCCCAAAGACUUUGUGAUGACUUCAUGUUUUGUGAUAUUUGCUUGUAAUUUUAUAUUCGGCUUGCUGGGAUAUCAUUUUGGAGUGAAGUCUAACUGGGCGUGGCAGCUGGGGGACGAGGUGGAGGCGAGGAAGAAGGCGAGGACGGCACUGCUGUUCGUCAUCCUCGGCGUGUGUGUCGGCGUCCUCACCUACGUGCUCGUCUUCUCACUCUACUUCACCGUCGGCAAGGAAGGCGCCAAGGACAGGAUAUAGUGAGACAUAUCUUCUUCUACUUUACCGUCGGCAAGGAAGGCGCCAAGGACAGGAUACAGUGAGACAUAUCUUCUUCUACUUCACCGUCGGCAAUGAAAGCACCAAGGACAGGAUAUAGUGAGACAUAUCCUCUUCUACUUCACCGUCGGCAAGGAAGGCGCCAAGGACAGGAUACAGUGAGACAUAUCUUCUUCUACUUCACCGUCGGCAAUGAAAGCACCAAGGACAGGAUACAAUGACACACAUCUUCUUCUACUUCACCGUAGGCAAUGAAAGAGCCAUGGACAGGAUACAUUGAGACAUAUCUUCUUCUACUUCACCGUCUCUUAGAAACUAAUUGAAAUCUGUUUGAUGGAUAUUUGCUCAUAAAUCAGGUGGAGUUUAGGGUUUUACAAUAGAGGUAGCCAGUAAGAUUCAUGUUAUAUAGUGGGCCCGAAAUCUUUGGACCUGUUAGUAAUGUGGGCCUCCAAAGAAUAGGCCCUUACAUCGUGUUCUAUAGACAUUUGAAUUGGGAGUAGACUAUACAUGUUUAUACAUUGGAGACUAUUAUUUAAUGCAUUAAAAUUAAAUGCAUUUUAGUUUCAAGUUACACACUAACGCAUGGUCUCGAAUAAGCUGCAAACAAAUACGAAUUGUCACCACUAGAAACAAAGUAUUUCAAAAACGUAAUUAGAGGAAAUAUGUUGAAACUUGAUUUAACACUACCAAAGGUAACAACAUGCAAUUAUGUCCAAACUUUGUGCAAAACUACGUUGUUGUUUUUUAGAUUUUUUUUUAGAAUAACACAUGCUUUAAAUCACUGGCAUAGCCGGUGUGUGUGUGGGGGGUGGGGGGGGGUGGGGUGGGGGGGGGUGGGGGUGCAUGGGGCAAUCUCCUCUCUUUUCACCCUCACCGUUUUAUACUUUCCUGUCGCCGCUUAACAUGACUCACAGACAAAUGUGAUUGGCCCCUUCCAAUGUGGUUUGCCCCGUAAUAAAAUUCUGGCUUAGCCAGUGGUUUAAAUUUAAUAAAAAUAAACAAAUUAAACACAUUUCCAAAAUAUUUCUCUUUUAAUUUGUGAAGACUGCCACAAAAAAUCGUAGUACCAAGUUUGAGAACUAUCCAAUCACAAGUCUAGGAGAAGAUAGACUUUCACAUGUUCAGGCAGGGAUCGAUAGUGUUCAGACUGGGCUAUUUCGUUAGUGAUUUCCGCCUUAAAUUAUUGGUGAUUAAUAUAUUAUUAAUAUCGAUUAUUGAUUGCUAUAAACGGCAUCGAGUCGACGUGCUGUAUGUCUAGGUCCAGUUGUUUACAGAUUAAUUACGGUAACCAGUGAUUAAUGGACAUUUUAUAAACUUAGAAUUACAAAAACAGUACUUGAAGAAGCAAUAUGUUGACACUUUAUUUAAAACGAUCACAGGUAACCACAUCAUAAACUAAUAGAGAUAUUUUGGGAUUUAAAAAUUUAAAAAUUAAAUUUUCAAAAUUAAAAAAAAAGAAAAAAAAAAAAAAGUUUAACAUGACAAAACCAAAAAUUAAAUAACGGACUCUAUAAGACCGAUAUACCUGUUAUAAUGAGCGACGAUGAUGAUGUUGAUGAUGAUGAUGAUGAUGAUGAUGAUGAUGAUUAAAGUCGCUUUCAUACAAAUUUGUUUUGGGACGAGUCGUAAAAGGCGAGUAUGAAUAGUGUUUUUGUUUGUCUGUAUGAGUGCAUUUUUCUUGUGUGUGUCCUGUUUUGUUUUUAAAUGAGGUUCGUAAUCCUUUUCAUAGUCAGUCAUGCGCAACAUUUUGUUUACGUAAUGUACCAAUAGCACCUACGUGGUUUUGUAAUGGUAUUUGAAUACAAAGGAGGCAAUAUUGUCCAACUACGUUUUUCUUUUAGACAUUUAUUGUUUCAUUGUUUUAGAUUAAGUGAUGAACUUGACAACUGUGGUAGCAAUACUUAUGAUGGGUGCAGAAUAUGCUCACCUUUCGCGAACACCUGAUAUCAUCACUGGUGUACAGCAAUUCAUCAUAAGUCCAUAUCAUCACAUCUAAUUUUAUUCCAAUAAGCUCUAUUAUGUGCUAGUUUUGAUUUAUUAUACUAGUCUGGGACUGGCAGUCCUCUUUGAACGAUGCAGGAAGGAUGUAUUGUUCAGACAAGGGUCUUCUCGGGAGUGGCUGUCCUCCUACAGACGAGGAACUACAUAGAGAUUCAUAGAAUCAAGCACUAUUUUUUUUUCAAAAUGCCCAAUCGACUCUGCAUUGUUUAACUAUGGCUGACGGUUUUGUCAUUCAGAAUUAGGUAAUAUAACCUACGUGGUUUUGCAAUUUUAUUCCAAUACAAAGAAGUUAAUUUUGCCCAUAUUGUCCAACUACCACUGUCAAAUGACUACAUUUUCCUGAUGCGUGCAUGCGUGUAUGCGUGCGCGUGCGUGUGCGUACAUACAUGCAUACAUAUGUAUAUAAUAUAUAUAUGCGUGAAAGAAACAACUGUAUAGGUGAAACACGACACUUAUUUCGAUUUGACUUUGCCAUUGACCUGUGAUGUGGGAGGCAGACGACAAUUUGUAUGCAGUUUAUUUGACACAUACGUAAAUAGUAUCUUAUCAUAUUCUUCUGAGGUGUGGGGCAUUCACAGAGGUGCCAAUAUAGAACAAGUUCAUAUCGAUUUCUGUAAGCAAUUGUUCGGCGUUAAAAAAUCUACCCAUAAUGCAUCUGUUCAUUGUAAAUUGGGAAGAUAUACCCUGAAAUAUCAAAGAAUGUACAGAAUACUUAAGUACUGGGUACAACUACUGACUACUGAAAACUAUUUUGAAAACAGCGUACAAAUAUUUGGCAAUAUUGAAUAACACAUUAAAAUCUUGUUGUAAUAACUGGGCAGGUUUUGUGAAAAACAAGUUUAAAUGAACUAGGAUUUGGUCAUCUUUGGAUAAACCAGAAUGUCAUUAACGUAAAUUAUACUCUAAUAAAAUGAAGCAGCGUAUUUUUGACCAAGCUAAGCAGAAUCUGCUAAAUGAAAUUCAGAUAUCAACAAAAUGUACAUUAUAUAAACAUAUUGUAAUGGAUAUUACUCUACAAUUUUAUUUGUGCAAGCACAUACCCGCCCACUAUAAAAAGUACAUAACCAAAUUAAGAUUAUCAUCCCUCGAUAAUAGAAAAUGUCACCACUGUAAUAACGAUGUUGAAGAUGAAUACCACUUCAUGCUAGUUUUCCCAUUAUUCCAAAACUUAAGAAAACGAUAUAUCAAGUUAUACUACAGACGAAAUACUCCUGUCUUUAAAUAUAUACAGCUGAUGCAAACCCAAAACACUAAAGAUUUAAUUAAUAUUGGUAAAUAUAUUUGUUUGGCAUACAAGUUACGGCACUCAUCUGUUGUCUAAUAUUAUAAAAGUUAUUACUUUUCAGACGCAUAUGUUAUAACUUUGAAUGUAUUACUUCCAUGCAUGUACUUAUUUAAUAUAUUUUGGUUUAUAUAUUUUAAUGUAUUGCUACUUAAUAUGUUAGAUCAAAAGUAUGUGAUUCAUUGUAUAUAAUAAUUUAAUUCUCCUGUGUGUUUAUACAUACUGUGUAAAUAUGUUGUGCUGAUAAGCUUGUAGCUUAAAGCAAUAAACGAAUUGAAACUGAAAUAUAGGGGAAGACUAUUUGAACUGUACCAAAAUAGUCAAUUUAAGGAAAAUGAUGCAAAAUUUUCCUUUUCUAGGAUUUUAAGGCAUUUCCAUGGAGAAAGUUACAUAUAUAUUCAUAUACAUACAUCGUUAUGUAAAGAAAAUCGUCACAUUUGCCAAGCUUUCGGACUUGUGGCCUUCUUCAGGCAAUAUUCUAUUUCAUUAUCAGGUUUUAAUUUUUUUUUAUAGAUAAUACUUGAACAUCUGACAUUGUUACAUGUGCAUUAUGUAAUUAAUUAAUAUUUUUAUACAAUAUUUUAUUUGUGUGUGCCUCAUUAAAUAUGUAUUUACAUAUUUUACAAAACUACUAUGCCGAUUUGUCAUUCCAUCCUUGUUAUCUACGGUAUUUUAAGACCUAUACUAUUUGUUUCGUUUGUUAGAUGUAUUAAAUUUGUACAGGUCAUUUUGUCCCAAGCCUAUUUGUUGAAGUGUAUUAUUGUACGGACGUCCCCAUGACUUUACAAGCGCGUGCGGUUUGUUUUGCUUAUUACUCCUAGGUGUGGAUGUCCACCUCAACACACCAUAAUCCUUCAUCAACACACCAUAAUCCUCACCUCAACACACCAUAAUCCUCAAAAUUAUCUUCAAUUUUGUUUCCGUUUUCUUGAUCUUUACAUGUUUUUUUCUAUAAGCCUACACGACUCGCAUAAAAAAAAUAAAAAAUUCUCGAAGAUAUUGAUUAGUUGAAAAUAUUUGCAUAAUUAAAUAUUUUGUAAUCGUACCGAUAUUAACGUUUGCAACACAUAUUAGACUGUUUUGACCAAUUAGGGUAUAUUUGUAAACUGCUCAUUUUCAUAAUUCUUUUUAUUCAACGAGUUUUCUGAUUAGUUUGACCUAAGAAAUACUAAGAUACUAAUAUUAUCCACACAUAGUUAUGGUCGUACGGUAAUAAAAUAUAUAAUUAGAUUCUGAUGUUCAUACGUUUUAUCUGUUAGGAGUGGCUGUUGAUUUGAAUAUACUAGUAUUAUGAUGUAAACAAAUAUAGAAAUAUUGUUUGGUUUACAAGCAGAUACAAGAUGCAUGAUAGCUCACUUGUUUUAUAUGUUGGACAAAUAUAAAUAGUUUUAACUUUAA